CCGGAAGUGACGUAGAGCUGGGGUUGCCGGAAGAAGUGGCGAAGUUACUUUUCGCGGGGCGAUCUUUGGGGGGGGGGCCGGCCUGGAGCCGGCGGCUGCGUGCGGUGGGCGGUGGGCAGUGGACGGAGGGGGCGAGGGAGACGGACGACGCUUCCGGGACAGCUGCGGAAAGGAGCCUCCCCGCCCGGCACUGGAGCUGUGGCGUGUGCAGCCAUGAGCCGGGCUCGCCUGCCGUGACCCACCAUGGCUUCCCCUGGGAUCCUGGGCACCCCCGCUGCCCCAGCCCCUGCGCCCACCCCCGGUGAGGACGAGGAUGGCACCUCAAAGUUCAUAAAAGAAGAGGGGCCGGAGCCGGGGACGACCGGGGCCGGGCCCCCCAGCAGCGAGCCCGAUGGCCCCGUCCCGGCCGGGGAGGGCUCUGCCUGCGGCAUGGCCACCAUGGAUGAGCUGGAGCCAGAGCGCAAGCGCAAGAAGGGCCCAGCCCCCAAGAUGCUGGGUCAUGAGCUAUGCCGCGUGUGCGGGGACAAGGCGUCCGGCUUCCACUACAACGUGCUCAGCUGUGAGGGCUGCAAGGGCUUCUUCCGGCGCAGCGUGGUGCGGGGGGGUGCCCGGCGCUAUACCUGCCGUGGUGGGGGCACCUGCCACAUGGAUGCCUUCAUGCGCCGCAAAUGCCAGGAGUGCCGCCUGCGCAAGUGCCGUGAGGCGGGCAUGCGGGAGCAGUGUGUCCUGUCCGAGGAGCAGAUCCGCAAGAAGAAGAUCCAGAAGCAUCAGCCUCCGGGGCCAGGCCCGGGGGCCCCAGUCACCCCUGGGGCUCCCGGUCCUGGGCCCACAGGCUCUCCAGCCACAUCCUCAGAGGCUGGCGGGCCGGGCCCCGCGGACAGUGCCAGCGUCCAGCUCACGCCUGACCAGAAGCUUAUGAUCCAGCAGUUGGUGUCGGCCCAGCUGCAGUGUAACAAGCGCUCCUUCUCUGACCAGCCCAAGGUCACGCCCUGGCCACUGGGGGCCGACCCCCAGUCGAGGGAUGCGCGGCAGCAGCGCUUCGCCCACUUCACGGAGCUGGCCAUCAUCUCGGUGCAGGAAAUCGUGGACUUUGCCAAGCAGGUGCCCGGCUUCCUGCAGCUGGGGCGCGAGGACCAGAUCGCGCUGCUCAAGGCCUCCACCAUCGAGAUCAUGCUUCUGGAGACUGCCCGGCGGUACAACCACGAGACGGAGUGCAUCACGUUCCUGAAGGACUUCACCUACAGCAAGGACGACUUCCACAGAGCGGGGCUGCAGGUGGAGUUCAUCAACCCCAUCUUCGAGUUCUCCCGGGCCAUGCGGCGGCUGGGCCUGGACGACGCCGAGUAUGCGCUGCUCAUUGCCAUCAACAUCUUCUCCGCCGACCGGCCCAACGUGCAGGAGCCCAGCAGGGUGGAGGCCCUCCAGCAGCCCUACGUAGAGGCCCUGCUCUCCUACACCCGCCUCAAGAUGCCCCAGGACCAGCUCCGAUUCCCGCGGAUGCUGAUGAAGUUGGUGAGCCUGCGCACCCUGAGCUCUGUGCACUCGGAGCAGGUGUUUGCCCUACGCCUCCAAGACAAGAAGCUCCCCCCGCUGCUGUCUGAGAUCUGGGAUGUCCACGAGUGACCAGGGAGGGCCUCUCACUGGCCUGUCCCCAGUGCUGUCUCUGCUCCGCGGGGCCUGCCCGGCCAGGAGCCUGGGGCGGCCCUGCAGCCCGGCCCGGCUCCGGCCACAGGGCCCACGGCGAGCUCCCGGGUAGGGACCGCGGUCACCAGAUGGGCCGAGGCCCUAUUCCCAACGUUGUCUUCCUGGGGAGGGGUGGGCGGGUCACUGACCCUUGACCGCUGACCCCCGGCACUUCCCUUUCCUGUCCUCCCCUGCUUACACAGCGCAGUGCACCUUGAAGGGAAGGGGGUGACCUGACUCUCUGCCUAGGGUCAAGGGGGGCAGGGCCCUCGGGUCCUGGGGUCCUCUGUUUCCUGUGGCCCCAGGGGAGAUGAGAGGGCCCUUCUUCUUCACUCCUUUUAUUUAAUAAGCGAGACAAAGUGAAAUCUUAAUAAAAACAUCAAAGAGAA